AUGGCGUCUCGACCGGCAAUGGCGGCACUAGGCUGCCUCCAAUGCAGGAUAGCCGCUCUGAGGGCUGUGGCCUCGGCGUCUCGACCUGCUCUUCGAUCACAGGCAGCUCCAUCUCGAAUCAUCCGCAGCUCUGUGCCAGCGACCCGAUCCUUCACAUCCGCCCGCACGGGAGGCGCUCUUCAAGCCAAAGAUACAGACCCUGAGCUCCAGGAGAAGCCUGAUAUCACGACAGAGGAACACAGCGCCUUGGGAGAUGCGAUCGAUGCGUUGGAAGCUGCCUCCAUCGCCGAGGCCGACGCCAGCGCUGGCGACAAGACGGCCGAAGCAAGCUCCGAAACGCCAUGGUAUCUCCAGGUUGAUGCGCCCGUUCAUGCGCCCACGCAGCAUGUCCCUACCCUCCCCACAGUCCCCGAUGGCGCGCCCCCAAUCCUCGAGCACAUGAUGAAAUUUGCCUACGAGGAGAUGGGCCUCGACGACCUGGAACUUCUCGACCUUCGUGAAAUGGAUCCCCCGCCAGCGCUGGGCCCCAACCUCCUUAUGCUCUUUGGUACCGCGCGAGGCGAACGCCACCUUCACGUCUCGUCCAGCCGACUGGUCAAGUGGUUGCGUAACAAUCGGGCGCGCAGGGGAGACCGCGUCCGCCAGAUCCAGACCAACGUCGAGUACCUCCUCACGCACGCCGUCACGGCCUGCCCUAGCGAGGUGCACCUUCUCCGCCUGCUCGAGGCGUACCACCGCCAGAAGAAUCUCGACCGCUUCUGGCAGACGUGGCGCACCCCGCCGCGCCACGGCGCCCCGCGCGGGCCCCUCCUCUACCGGUACAUGUUUGAGCGCGCCGCCAUGCUCAAGCGCCGGGACUGGUGCAUCGAGGUGCUGCGGCACUGCGCGCCCGAGAUGAUGCACGAGGCGCCGCCGGUGCUGCCGGUCGGCGAGGUCUGGAAGGCGCUGCGGGCGUGCCUCCUGGUCGUCGACGCGGGCGCCGAGGCGCUGGCCGAGACGCCGCCCGUGCUGCGCGAGACGACGCCAGCAAGGAGGAGUGGAUCGUCAAGAGGAAGGCCAAUGCCGAGUUUGUCAAGAUGUACCGGGAUUUCGACGCGACGAGGCAGCGCAUCGAGAAGACGGGGCGCCUCUGAGGUAGGGGGAUGUAUAUAUUGUACGACCAUGUAUAGCAGUGUAAGAUUUAGGAGGCAUCCGGCGCGGCAUCAACUGUCAUAG